AUGCCUGAACAAGUCGAAGUAGCAGAAGUUGUUCCACUUCCAGACUCAAGUUUUAAAUACCCAAGUCCAUUAGCCAACUUUUCAAAAGGUAUUGGUUAUCCAGCAUGGACUCCAAUUGAUACUCAAAAAGAAGUUGGUCAAAUUUUAAGAUUUGGUUUCUACUCAACUGUUGGAGCUUACGCAUGGUUAUAUUUCUGGAAAAGAACUACAUUUAAAUUACAAUUACCACUUUCUGUUGUUGCAUUCUUUGGUAUUGCUAGAGGUGUGCAAGAUUCUGUUGCUAAUAUAAGAGAAACCAAUGAUUGUUGGAACACAUUUUGGGGUUUAACUUCUGCCAAUGCUGUUGUUUUAAGUGCUGGUUUCAAAAACAUUCCACCUAAACAUAAGAUUAUAACUGCUGCUUUUGGUACUGCUGUUGCAACUAUUCUUGAUAGAGCUUAUUGGGCCCAAUCUACCAGUUCUCCAAGAUUGGAAGCUAAGUAUGAAUUGGCUAAUGAAAAUGAAAACUUACCAAAACAACAAUUCUGGGAUGUUUGGCAAAGAAAACCAUUAACCCAAACUAUUGAAGAAUUGGGUGUCGGUAGAGGUAUUUUUAAACCGUAG